AUGGAGUGGGUCAAUGAGACUGCAGUGAAAAAGUUUGUCUUCCUUGGCUUCUCCUCCCUGGCCAGGCUGGAGCAGCUGCUCUUCAUUGUCCUCCUGCUCCUCUACCUGUUUACUCUGGGCACCAAUGCCAUCAUCAUUUCCACCAUUGUGCUAGACAGAGCACUUCAUACCCCCAUGUAUUUCUUCCUCUCCAUCCUCUCCUGCUCUGAGACUUGCUACACCUUCGUCAUUGUACCCAAGAUGCUGGCUGACCUGCUGGCCCAGAAAAAGACUAUUUCCUUCCUGGGCUGUGGCAUUCAGAUGUUUUCCUUCCUUUUCCUAGGCUGUUCUCACUUCUUCCUGCUGGCGGUCAUGGGUUAUGAUCGCUACAUGGUCAUCUGUAACCCACUGCGCUACACAGUGCUCAUGGGACAUGGGGUGUGUAUGGGACUAGUGGCCGCGGCCUGUUUCUGUGGCUUCACAGUUUCUCUGAUCACCACCUCCCUGAUAUUUCACCUGCCCUUCCACUCCUCUAACCAACUUCAUCACUUCUUCUGUGAUAUACCUCCUGUCCUAAGACUGGCAUCUCACCACUCUGGCCUCAGUCAGUUGGUUAUAUUCAUGCUCGGGAUAUUUGCCUUGGUUAUUCCCCUGUCACUUAUCCUGGUAUCCUACAUUCGCAUUAUCUCUGCCGUUCUAAAAAUCGCUACCUCUGCUGGAAGAUACAAGACUUUCUCCACUUGUGCCUCCCAUCUCAUCAUGGUAACUGUUCACUAUGGUUGUGCCUCUUUCAUCUACUUAAGGCCCAAAUCUAAUUACUCCUCAAGCCAAGACACCCUAAUAUCUGUGUCUUAUACCAUCCUUACUCCAUUGUUCAAUCCAGUGAUUUACAACCUGAGAAAUAAGAAAUUCAAAUCAGCCCUUUGA